AUGGUCAGCUCCCCUCUCAAUGACUUCUUCCGCUCAUGGCCCGGCUUUACGUUCCACGUCCAGCUCCCGCUGCAUAAAUCUUGGGAGCAACUGCAUGUGUUCUGUGGCUGGAAUGACCAAAGCCCCCAGUAUCGUGCAGCUUGGAUCGGAUAUCAGGACGCGCUAGCUUCCGAAGUGACAAUCCGGUUCGGUGACGUCUUGGAGCUUGAGUCCUGGCAAAAGCUUUGUCGUGCUGUCGGGAUAGAUCCGCUUCCUGGGACUUGUGCCGAUGGUUAUCUGGUUACUCGAAACCUCUUUGUCAAUAUCAUUGACCUCAUUCAGUGGACUCGCACUAAUAGAGUCGAUGGCGAGGUUAAGCGCUGGAAAAAUAGUUCUGAUCCCUGCGAGUAUUCGAUUGCGACCAAGAGGGUCUUUGAACGAGACAUGACUGCCAGGGACAAACCCAAUGUUGUUCUGCGGCGUUUGACUACCUGCAUGGUCCCUCGUUAG